CAAAAGUAAACCCAUCCCAAAGGCUCUCGGUGUUUGUAACAAACGGUUAACGCAGCAUCUGUCAAAAAGUUCAAAGUCCGCCGCGUUUCAGGUCAAAAACCAAUUUGGAGUUAAAGGCGCGUUUCAUAAGCAACGCAGCAAAAAGCGGGUUUUCUAAUGGACAAAGGAGGUUUCUACAGAAUCUUUUCAUUUUGCUGAGGGAAUGACGAUGGAUGACAUUGGGGGGAGCUGAGUUAUUUAAAGAGAGCAUGUCAUCCUCCCUUUCGCUCCCCCCGUCUGAAAAAUACUCCUCGAUAUAUAUACCUGCUAGACACAUAGACAAAGAACUUAGAAGAAUCCCAACAUGAAAGUCACUACCGUCGUGGUCGCAUGCCUUGCUUUGGCUUCCUCCGUUGCCGCCGUCGAAGAUCCUAAAACUACCCAAGCCAAAAACAAAUUAUCAGCUUUUUGCAACUCCCUGAAUGGUGCGCAGGGAUCCAAGGGUGAAAACUGCUUCAACAUCUUUGGUCGCUAUACGGGGGUCAUCUUGGCUGCUGCUGCCAAGAAUGAUCCUUGUGGACGCACCAGGGAGGCUCAAGCCUUGCUCGACAACUUUGGCGAUCGUCCCGGGGCAGUAGCGCUCGCCAACGAGAUGGCUCACGCUCCUAUUAAUGUGAUUCCUCCGAACCCUAAUCCUCCUACGGACGUUCCUUGUGGCACUCCCCUGAGGCUCCCUGGUGGACAGCAGGGCCCGUCGGCUACUGCUCCCAAACCCGCUCCCUCGACUAGUCCAUCCCCGGCAGCCAACAACAACAACGGCAAUAAUCAGAAUAAUGGCAACAGUGGCAACCAAAACAACAGUAACGGCAACAACAAUAAUGGCAAUAAUAAUAAUAGCAAUCUUGCGCCUGGUUUCCGCGCUGUGCCAGGCACACUGGCUGUCCCGGGAGUCCCAGAUAUUGGAAUUCCCGUUAGUGGCAUUCAGGCCGUCGAUGAUGCCAGAGCCAAGGAACACAUUGACCGUUCCAUCUUGCUUAAGGCUGCCAUGGAAUUUGGCCAACGCGCCACCGAUCCCAACGCCGUGCAGGACCUGGUUGCUAAGAUUAACCAAGUGCAGGCUUCCAAGAAGGCUCGUACUGCGCUGGAAGCUCAAAACGGCUUGCCCAGUGCCCAGGUCGUCUAGAUGUUCGUUUGACAUCUUAAUUGAUCGAAACUCGUGUCUUUCUCUUUGAAGUGUCGUGUCAAGGUAUAUCAUGAAGUGAAAGGGUAUCAUAUGGUCUUGUAUUUAGAAGUGCUACAUAUGUGUAGAUAUCUGGUCUUUUGUUGUGUUGUAUAAACUAGUGUCGGUGAAGAAUAUGAGCAAGUCCCGAAUGGGGUCGAAAGAUACGCGACACAUGUUCACUUUGUUGAUGCACUAAAGCUCUUUCAUAUGACAAUGAAAACUAUUCUACAGAAAAUCAUAGCAAAGUUGGCCCAUAACACAUCUACAU